AUGGAGAGACCCGAGGGCUUCGACCCGGCCAGGGACAAUGAGUCGAGGGUGGGCUCCGUAAUCGCCGUGGCGGUCGUCUUCGCGAGCCUUUCGACAAUAUUCACGGCCCUGAGAAUUUUCACGAGGGCCAAGCUUCUGCACAUGAUCUGUGCCGACGACUGGGCCAUUAUCGUGGCUCAGUUUAUAUCCAUCUCCGUGUCUGUCCUGACAGGCGUGGAGACGCGGUAUGCCCUGGGCAGGCACAUGUGGUCGGUGCCGGCGGAAGAUGUCCUGAUGCAGAUCAAGAUUCUCUACGGAGUCAUCCUCGGAUACAACCUCGGCCUCAACGUCGUCAAAAUCAGCUUCCUGCUUUUCUACCUCCGCAUUUUCCAGAGCAGCUUUAUCCGCCGCCUAAGCGCCUGGUUCCUCGCCGCGGUUGCUCUAUGGACGGUCACCCAGGUCAUCCUCCUCGCCCUCACCUGCAUGCCGCUGACCUUCAUCGCCCCCUCCAUGGAGGGCCGCUGCCUCAACACCUAUCCCGUGUGGUUGGCCUCGUCCAUCACCUCCACGGUGACUGAUUUUGUCAUAUUUACGCUGCCUCUGCGUACGGUGGCGAAGCUGAAGCUAAGGCCGAGGCAAAAGAUUGUCACGAUUCUCAUGUUCAGUCUCGGGUUCUUCACCUGCAUCAUCUCUAUUCUUCGCAUCUUCACCCUCUCCGACGCCGUCAACGCCACCGAUCCCACCUGGGAUAACGUCGGAACGGGCUGCUGGUCCAUCGUCGAGCUCAACUGCGCCAUUCUAUGCUCUAACCUCCCCACCCUGCGCCCGCUCGUCGUCAAAUACCUGCCUUCCUUCGGCCUCUCCUCCGCCCAUGCUUCCGUGGGAAGCAACAGCACCUACGGGCGGUUCGGGCGCGACGGCGAGUACAUCCGCGGCGGCAAAGACUCCCGACACGGGACGACUGUGGUUGCCACCCGUGCGAGGGGACCCCCUUCUUCCAAGAUUGCCACCACGUCUGAUUUCGUGCUCGAUCCGGAAGAGGACACGGCUCCGAUUUGUGCGGACGGCACGGAAGGCUUCGAGAUGGUGGAGACAACGUGUUAUUCCGGGCCGAGAGAGGGUGAUGACAGCGGCGACGGCAGAGAGGACGGGGCAGGUUUGAAUGGGGAUGACCCUUCCCUGGAGUUGGGGCCGAGAAAUGGUAUACUUGUGACGAGGGAAACGAAUAUUAUAACUAAUCCUGCGCCGGUGCUGGUCCAGCAGGGCCAGAAAGCAGCUGCACUAGAAGAGAAGGCUUGA